UGCCUAAAAUAAGGACAUUAGCUGGAGGUAGAUAUUCCAAUAUGGUGAUUACUUUGGCAUUACCGUUGCUGGUUAUCCAGAGGCACAUCCCGAUGUGAUCGGAGAAAAUGGGUUGGCUACACUCGAAGCUUAUCUAAAUGAUCUUGCUUAUCUCAAGCAGAAGGUUUCUAAAGGCAAGGAAGUUUGACAUGGAUAAAACUCUCUAUAUGUGGGUUGAAAUGCUUAACUGGAGGAAAGAAUUUGGAGUAGAUUCUAUUCUAAAGGAUUUUGUAUAUGAUGAAUACGAAGAAGUUCGGCGUUGGUAUCCACAUGGCUACCAUGGUGUAGACAAAGCGGGGCGACCUGUUUAUAUUGAAAGACUUGGUAAAAUUGAACUCAGCAAGCUGAUGAAUGUCACUACGGUGGACCGGUUUUUAGAGUAUCAUGUUCAGGGGUUUGAGAAGGUCUUCAGUGAGAAGUUCCCAGCAUGUUCCAUUGCAGCCAAGAGACACAUAGAUUCUACAACGACAGUACUGGACGUGCAAGGGCUGAAUUGGGUUAGCUUUGGCAAGGUUGCCCAUGAUCUUGUUAUGCACAUGCAGAAAAUUGAUGGUGAUAACUAUCCUGAGACAUUACAUCAGAUGUUCAUUGUUAAUGCUGGUAGUGGGUUCAAACUACUAUGGAAUACAGCAAAAAGCUUUCUAGACCCAAUGACCACUUCGAAGAUACAUGUUUUAGGCAGCAGAUUCCAUAGUAAGUUGUUGGAGGCUAUAGACUCAAGCCAACUACCAGAUUUUCUUGGUGGAACUUGCUCAUGCCCAAAUGAAGGUGGGUGUCUUAGAUCUGACAAGGGGCCUUGGAAUGAUCGAGAAAUAGUGAAACUGGUACAUGCUGAAGAAGCAAUGUAUCUAAGAAGAGUUAAAAGUUCCUCUGAUCAUGAUGAUUUUUCCUCCAAGGUUUCACAUGGUGAAAUAUCUGCUGCUGGGUCAAAAUUACUCAAGACAACAAGUGCUUCUGGCGUCAGGCAGAAAAUGCCAGUUGGUCAUGAAAUGAGUGUGCUUGAAUGCGUAACUAUUAGUAAUUCCUUUCUCAGCCUUUUGGCUAAGAUCAAGUGUAAUGGUGCUUAA